ACAAAAAAGUUUGGCUAGAUGAACACUAGUACUGGAAGAGGAUGAGUUCUAAUGUUGAGUUUUACCAAAGAAUGGAAGAUUUGCAAAACUUUCAGCAUGAAAGUGAAAGAAGAAGAAUGCAACUUGAACAGAAACUCAACAAACAUGUAAAAUCUGACAGAAAAAUAAACAGACUGCGGGCUUCCAAACUCCAAGCUCAGUGGAGAAAGGUGUGUGAGGAUGAAAGGAAGAGCCAACUGCGUAAUGAGAAGCUGAUGAAAGAUGUGGAGAGAGUGGAAAACCACUUGUCAUCUUUGUCAGCCAAGACAGACAGGUUACGACUUCUGAAGGAGCAGUAUGAAGACUAUAUUGAGCGUAUGUAUCCUAAAUGGAAAGAGAGGAUCAUUCAAAAUCAGCAAAUGGCUGAAAAUGCAGAGACUCUACCACAAUCAUACGACCCAUCUUUUGCAACACAAUUCUUUGCAACAAAGGAAAAUUUCCCACCGUCAUCAACAAGACUGGGGUCCACAAUGCCACCUACAGCAGUAUCGGGUUCACUAGGCAGUAGCUACAUACCUUCUAGUCUUGGUUUACCUCCCAGAGGCAAUUACACAGCUGCUACUGGACUUCCUCAGCCUGGGGUCCUUCAGAAUAGAAACUAUGCACAGACCCAGCUCCCCCAGACAACAGGGCUGCCUGUGCACCCACCAGAGCAGUUCCAUCCCCCAUCAGAGUACAACUACAACCAGUAUCCAGGCUUAGGAGACACGGGGACUAGUUUUGUCACACCUAGCCUGAAUGCCAGUCAGCUAGGCAGUGUGACUCCUAUGUCGACUCUCAACUCUCAAGGUGGACUUGUGUACCCUGGGUUAGGGGGCCACCCUGGGGGGUUGCAAACAUCCCCACAGACUCACCAAGCUUCUAGUUUACCAGGCACCUUUCAGAGGCCUCAUUUAGCACAAAGCUUGCCACCCCAGUACAUGAUGAGCCAGCUUGCCACACCCCAGGGUGGUCGUCUUCCACUGCAAGGGUAUCCACAGCAUUAUGUAGCUUCUGAACAGUCUGUUCCUAUGGGGACAAUGCAGUCUCAGGGCCCUGCUGGUACACAGCAUCUGGGGACAGCUGAAAUGAAUCUAGCUCAGAGUCAUGUGCCACCACAGAAUGCUGAGAGACAGGAAAGUAAGAUGACUAGUCAGCCUGUGAUACAGCAACAACAUCAAAAGCAGCAGCAACAACAUCAUCAUCAGCAGCAACAACAACAACAACAGCAACAUCAACAGCAUCAUCAACAAUCAAAACAACAGCAACGGGCAGCUGUCCCCCCAGCAAAACAAUCUCCACUGAAUGUGACUGGACCAAAGAAGGAAGUACAAGCAGUUGACUCCAGCAGACCAGAUGAUGACUUGUUGGACAGUUUUACUCUAAGUGGCAGCACAGAUAAAGAACCAGUGGAAAACUUGGCACAGGAAAUCACAAAUGUUAAUGAGAGUAAAACAACCCUUGGAAAGGAAACAGAUGUUGGACAGCCAGAAGUGGAUAUCCUGACUGUAACUGAACAGAAUGAUACAAGAAAAGACAUGAAAUCUGACCACGCCUCCAGUGAUGCAGACACAGAAACCAGUCUGAGUGAUGGAGAAAUUUCACCUAGAAUAAAACCAGCUUUCCAACGAUCCCAUUCAAACGUUGAUCCUUCUCCCCGUGAGAGAGAAGGGACUGCAGUCAGAAUGGAGAGACGUCCGUCCCUGCAGUCACCCAGACAUGUCCAGACCCCGUCCACCCCCAGGUCUACUAGGACCCCACCCCGAGUCCAGUCCCCAAGUCAGAGAAAACCCUCCAUUAGUUCUGCCAAAGAUGUGACCAGUCCACUACAGUCACCCAGAGAAGCACCAGAAAUAUCAGAAUCUGAACCUCCGAGCACUCCAAGGAAGCCUGACCUGACACUGGAUGGCUUGUAUAGUUUGUUGCAGGCCAUACAGGAAGAUUUCCCUGUCACCUAUGCACCAGAGACUUAUUACAGAUUCAAACAUCCAACCUCACAGAAAAAGAAAGAGAUUAUAAGCUCGGCCAACUUGAGCCAACCUCUUUCAGACUAUGAUCCAGCAGAGAUGAGCAUGGUUGUGUUGGAUGAGCUUCCCUUGCUGGUUGGUCAGAGGAAAGGAGGCUCACUGCUCACUGAGAAAGCACUGACUUCUAAACGACCAAUUACCAGUGAGUUAGAUAUAAGAUCCCAUAUAUUCACCACAUCUCUAGAACUGUGGGACAGGUUAUUUGACCACUUUGCUGCCUUGAUCAAGAAUAAUGUCAUGAGGGCUGACCAGGUGGCAGCACUGUUUGCCCACACUCUAGUUCCUGCUAACUCCAAGAAUAAAGACAAAGCUGUAGAGCUGCUAAGAACUCUCUUGGAAAACAGAAUGGCGGUAACUCUCCCUCCACCGGAUGAUGAAUCUUCAUCUGUGAGCAUUCCAUCCCCUCCCCUGUCCCCCAGAGAGUCCAAGGUGCUGGAGAAAGUACACGAGGAACAAGAAACAAAAGUGCCAGCAUUAAAUCUAGGGAGCACAGCAGGGCUGACUGAGAGUGAGAGUGAAGAGGACUUUUUCACCCAGCCUGUUCCAAAAGAGGAUUUGACACAAACGGCAGCCUACCAGAGCCUGCUAAGUGGCACCGCAGUGAAUCCAGUGAAAGAUGAUGACUCCGAUGGUAGCGAGGACAGUUUGGAGAAACAGUUAGCAAUGGUAGUUGCCCCGGGAGAGGCAAGCAAACCUUCAGAGGUCAGUAAACAGGUUGUAAGCAGCACGUCAGCCCCUGCUCCAGCAGCGGAAACCCCUGGAAAAAACACUGGGGCCCAGAACCAGGAUACAGAUGAUGAUCAGCACUCUGAGGGCAGUUCUCCGUCACCUGCUGCCUCUCCAGGAGGCUAUGUGCCGUCUGCUUUGAGCUCUGGGGUGAAGUCCCCCACUGCCCUGUCCUCAGGGAGGAGUGUCGUCACCCCAACUUACUCCACAGGAAAGAAACCAGCUGCUCUGCGCACUGGAUCAGACUUAGACACUGAUUCUGAGGUAGAGAACCAGAUGAGUGCCGGGGGAGCCAUAGAUGAUGACCAAGAUGACUUUGAUUUCUAUGACUAGCAGAGUGCUGGGGGAGUCAUAGAUGAUGACCAAGAUGACUUUGAUUUCUAUGACUAGCAGAGUGCCGGGGCUGUCAUAGAUGAUGACCAAGAUGACUUUGAUUUCUAUGACUAGCAUAGUGCCAGGGAAAGUCAUAGAUGAUGACCAAGAUGACUUUGAUUUCUAUGACUAGCAUAGUGCCAGGGAAAGUCAUAGAUGAUGACCAAGAUGACUUUGAUUUCUAUGACUAGCAGAGUGCUGGGGGGAGUCAUAGAUGAUGACCAAGAUGAUUUUGAUUUCUAUGACUAGCAGAGUGCCGGGGGAGUCAUAGAUGAUGACCAAGAUUACUUUGAUUUCUAUGACUAGCAUAGUGCCAGGGAAAGUCAUAGAUGAUGACCAAGAUGACUUUGAUUUCUAUGACUAGCAGAGUGCUGGGGGAGCCAUAGUUGAUUUAUUUAUUUAUUUAUUUAUUUAUUUAUUUAUUUAUUUUGUCAAAAUAUAUUUAAGAUACUUAAGAUUUAAAACAAAUGCCCUUAAAUCUAAAAACAUAUGUGCUUGUUAGCUGGAACAAGGGUAAAUGAAUUGAAUGUUUUAUCUAUAUUCUAUACAUUAUAAAAGGCAGCAGUGAUUAUUUCUAAAUCUUCAUUCAAGUAUUGAUAGUGAACUGUUAUGUGGCAAAUACUCCACUUAGAAGCAGUAUUAUACAUAUACCUGUAAGUUUUUGGGAGUACUGGAAUAUAAUCUGGUACUAAAUUUUAAAGUUAAGUUUAGAUGGUACAACCAUGUAGUAGAUCAAGAAAAUCAGUAUGUACUCAUUGUGAAUCUGAAAAUGUUAAGAGAUUCAGUCAUGUCACUAAUUUAAUAUAAUUUUAAGUAUUUAAACUA